AUGAGCAUUUUGAUGAAGCAAGGGCUUCUCUCAUGGAGUUCUCGCCAUCCCCACUUUGUCUGCGGACUCUCCCCAAGCGCUAUCAAAACCCCACAAUCUGCAAAACCCUAUUCUCCUUUCACAAUAUUUGCCACUUUAAAAGGCACAAGUCCUAAUACCUGUGGUACAAGCAGCCAUUUGAGAAAAGAAAGUAAAGAUGGAGGCUUUAAGUAUGAAGUGCUCUCCACUGUUGACUUUAAGGAAACAAUUUCCGGAUUCCCUGCAACAGCAGUUAUUGUGGCAAAUGCAUUAAUGUUAACUACUGCUCCAGAAGCACUUGCAGAAACAUGUGUAGCUGAGAAUUCUGUUUUCAGUAUGCCAUUGUUGCUUUUUGUUUCCCUUAUAGGAGCCACCGUUGGAGGAUUACUUGCACGACAGAGAAGAGGAGAAAUGGAGCGACUGAAUGAACAGCUGCGACAGAUCAAUGCAGCUUUGAGAAGGCAAGCUAAGAUCGAAUCUUAUGCACCCAGUUUGAGCUAUGCUCCUGUUAGUGGAAGGAUAGCAGAGAAUGAAGUGAUUGUGGAUUCAAGGAAGCAAGACCUAAUUUCUAGUCUGAAAAAUGGAAAGAAUUUUCUGAGAAAUCAAGAUCCUGAGAGGGCAUUCUCAGUGUUCAAGGCGGCUCUUGAACUUGCGCAGAAUCUAAAGGAUCCGAUUGAGGAAAAGAAGGCUGCAAGGGGCUUAGGGGCAUCACUGCAACGGCAGGGUAAGUACCGGGAAGCCAUCAAGUACCAUUCUCUGGUACUGGAAAUUUCUCAAAGAGAAGGCGAGGAGUCGGGAAAUACAGAAGCUUAUGGAGCAAUAGCUGAUUGUUACACUGAGCUUGGAGAUUUGGAACGAGCUGCAAAAUACUACGACCAGUAUAUUGCAAGAUUGCCAUUUUUGUUGAAACCUGUUAUAUAUGUAUCCAUGUUACAGUUUCUAUGA